UUGACGGCGCGAAGUGGCUCAGCCGCAAGAUGGCGGCGCUGGCGGAGGAGCAGACGGAGGUGGCGGCCAAGCUAGAGCCGGAGGGACCGCCGACGCUGCUACCUCCACAGGCAGGAGACGGGGCUGGCGAGGGCGGCGGCGGCACUACCAACAACGGGCCCAACGGUGGCGGCGGGAACGUCGCGGCGGCGUCCACGGCCGGCGGGGAUGGUGGGACCCCAAAGCCCGCGGUGGCUGUCUCCACCGCUGCUCCGGCGGGGGCGGCCCCAGUGCCCGCCGCAGCCACGGAGACCGACGCUCCCCACGAUCGGCAGACGCUGCUGGCUGUGCUGCAGUUCCUCCGGCAGAGCAACCUCCGCGAGGCCGAAGAGGCGCUGCGCCGCGAGGCCCGACUACUGGAGGAGGCAGUGGCGGGCUCCGGAGCUCCAGGAGAAGCGGACGGCAUCGGGGCCGAGGCGGCCAGCACGCUUCUCAGCCGUGUCACCGCCUCGGUGCCUGGCCCGGCGGCCCCCGACCCUCCGGGCACCAGCGCGCCCGGAGCCGCCAGUGUCUCGGGCUCAGCGUCCGUGCCUGCGGCUCCGGGAAAAGUUGCAAGUGUAGCUGUGGAGGACCAGCCGGAUGUUAGUGCUGUGCUGUCAGCUUAUAACCAGCAAGGAGAUCCUGCAAUGUAUGAAGAAUACUACAGUGGACUUAAACAUUUCAUUGAAUGUUCUCUGGAUUGCCAUCGGGCAGAACUGUCACAACUCUUUUAUCCGCUAUUUGUGCAUAUGUACUUGGAGCUAGUCUACAAUCAACAUGAGAAUGAAGCAAAAUCAUUUUUUGAGAAAUUCCAUGGAGAUCAGGAAUGUUAUUACCAAGAUGAUCUGCGAGUAUUAUCUAGUCUUACCAAAAAGGAACAUAUGAAAGGGAAUGAGACCAUGCUGGAUUUUCGAACAAGUAAAUUUGUUCUGCGUAUUUCCCGUGACUCAUACCAACUCUUGAAGAGGCAUCUUCAGGAGAAACAGAACAAUCAGAUAUGGAACAUAGUUCAGGAGCACCUGUACAUUGACAUCUUCGAUGGCAUGCCGCGUAGUAAGCAGCAGAUAGAUGCGAUGGUGGGAAGUCUGGCAGGGGAGGCGAAACGAGAGGCAAACAAAUCAAAGGUAUUUUUUGGUUUAUUAAAAGAACCAGAAAUUGAGGUACCCUUGGAUGAUGAAGAUGAAGAGGGAGAAAAUGAAGAAGGGAAACCUAAAAAGAAAAAGCCUAAAAGAGAUAGUAUUGGAUCCAAAAGCAAAAAACAAGAUCCCAAUGCCCCACCUCAGAACAGAAUCCCUCUUCCUGAGUUGAAAGAUUCAGAUAAGCUGGAUAAGAUAAUGAAUAUGAAAGAAACCACCAAACGCGUACGCCUUGGUCCAGACUGCUUACCCUCCAUCUGUUUCUAUACAUUCCUUAAUGCUUAUCAGGGCCUCACCGCAGUGGAUGUCACUGAUGAUUCUAGUCUGAUUGCUGGAGGUUUUGCAGAUUCAACUGUCAGAGUGUGGUCUGUGACACCCAAGAAGCUUCGCAGUGUGAAACAAGCUGCAGAUCUUAGCCUCAUAGACAAAGAAUCUGAUGAUGUCUUAGAGAGAAUCAUGGAUGAGAAGACGGCAAGUGAGUUGAAGAUUUUGUAUGGUCACAGUGGUCCUGUCUAUGGAGCCAGCUUCAGUCCAGAUAGGAACUACCUGCUUUCUUCUUCAGAAGAUGGAACUGUGAGAUUAUGGAGUCUUCAAACAUUCACCUGCUUAGUGGGAUACAAAGGACACAACUAUCCAGUCUGGGACACGCAAUUUUCUCCAUAUGGCUAUUAUUUUGUGUCAGGAGGUCAUGAUAGAGUAGCUCGGCUCUGGGCUACAGACCACUACCAACCUUUAAGGAUAUUUGCUGGACAUCUUGCUGAUGUAAAUUGCACCAGAUUCCAUCCAAACUCUAAUUAUGUUGCUACGGGCUCUGCAGACAGAACUGUGCGACUUUGGGAUGUCUUGAAUGGGAACUGUGUAAGAAUCUUCACUGGACACAAGGGACCAAUUCAUUCCUUGACAUUUUCUCCCAAUGGGAGAUUCCUGGCUACAGGAGCAACAGAUGGCCGAGUACUCCUUUGGGAUAUUGGACAUGGUUUGAUGGUUGGAGAACUCAAAGGCCACACGGACACUGUCUGUUCACUUAGGUUUAGCAGAGAUGGUGAAAUUUUAGCAUCAGGUUCGAUGGAUAAUACAGUCCGGUUGUGGGAUGCCAUCAAAGCAUUUGAAGAUUUAGAAACUGAUGACUUUACUACAGCCACUGGGCAUAUAAAUUUACCUGAGAAUUCGCAGGAGUUACUGUUGGGAACAUAUAUGACCAAAUCAACACCAGUCGUACACCUCCAUUUUACUCGAAGAAACUUGGUUCUAGCCGCAGGAGCUUAUAGUCCACAAUAAACCAUCGGUACUAAAGACUUUUUGGAAGCUACUGUUUGAAAAGGGUAGACUAAAAGCAAAUACCUCAGUGAUUAAUAUUUAAGCUACAAAGAAUGUUUUGUCUCUGUGGAUCUGGAAGUAUGCUGCUUGGAACAUCUGAACAGGACAGUUCCACGUUUCUAUAGCCACCGCAUCUAACUGAUUUCCGUUAGCUGAAUAGGAGGUAUUAUGUCGUGGAAGGGACAUUAUGGUGCUUUGGAUUGUGUGGAAACUAUGCAUAUUCUGUUCAAAUGCUACUUUAAUUUAUUAUGUUUGGGGGAAAAAAGUCAAUUGAUUUCAAUUCAUCCUGUUUGAAAAGAUUCAAAUUGAGUAAUAUAAUACCAUCUUAAAUUUUAGCUGAAGAAUUCUAUGAGCAUGUAUGUUUCUGUUGUAAAAACGUAGUUACUGUAGGACACCGAAGUAUGAUGUUAGGUAGAUCAACUAACAUUUUGGAUUGGCCCCAGAUGUAACUGGGUAGAGUGAACUACAUUUCCUUUUUUAAGAGCUAGAUAAAGGACAAACAUCUACUGACAUCUAAAUUCACACCUGUUGGUACUGAGUGCACUUAAAAAUGCUUGAUCAACCAGGUUUCCAUGUUCUACUUCAGCUAACAGAUCUUCAGCCUCGUACACUUGAAGUCAGACAGACAUUUCAGUUGCUUACCUCUAGUACUGAGCCUUGCUUUGGUGAACUAAAAGAUUUAGACCAAGUCACUGCCAGUUUUUUGCCUUUGUUUCAUUUUGUACAGUUUUUAUAUUUUUGAUAUAUUGUAAAUAAAGACAACCAGCUUUUCCAGGUUCAUAA